CCUCCAUCUUGCUCAUUAGUUGCUGUGCUCGCCACCGGGGCGUCAACAUGGCGUCGCUGGGGCUCCGGAUCCUGGCGUUGUCAUUGUGGUUGAGCCUGGGAACUCCGACGGAUCCGAUGGAUCCGACGACGAAGCCGGCUUUGGCACCGCUGAUCCCUCACCGACCCUUUGUGGUGGUCUGGAACGCUCCCACCGAACCGUGCCGCUUUCGCUUCCAGGUGGACUUGGACCUGAGUGUUUUUGACAUCGUUGCCAACUUGAAUGAAACUCUAAGCGGACCGAACGUGACCAUCUUCUACCACAGCCACCUGGGCUACUAUCCGUAUUAUUCCCACUUUGGCACGCCCGUCAACGGCGGACUUCCGCAGAACCAAAGCAUCUCCAAACAUCUCAGCAAAGCCCGCAACGAUAUUGAUAAACUGAUCCCGCAUAAGGACUUCCGGGGGCUGGGCGUCAUCGAUUGGGAAAACUGGAGACCCCAGUGGGUCCGAAACUGGGGCACAAAGGACAUCUACCGCAACAAAUCCAAGGAACAAAUCCGGAAGCUGCACCCAAACUGGCCGGAGAGCAAAGUGGAAAAAGAAGCAAAGGAAAGUUUCGAGAAAGCCGGGCAGGCCUUCAUGAAUUUGACCUUGGCUUUAGCCGAAGGUCGAAGACCAUCCGGUUUGUGGGGAUUUUAUUUGUUCCCGGAUUGCUACAACUACGGGUACAAGCAGCACCCGCAGCGCUACACCGGCGAGUGUCCCAACGUGGAGCACGUUCGCAACGACCACCUGAUGUGGCUGUGGAAGGAGAGCACGGCGCUCUACCCGUCCGUCUACCUGGACUACCAGCUCAAGUCCUCCGCCAACACGCUCAAGUUUGUCCACUACAGAGUCAAGGAGGCCAUGAGGAUCGCCUCCAUCGCCCGGCCGGACGUCACUUUGCCCGUUUUUGUCUACUCGAGACCUUUCUACGCCUACACCUUUGUGGUUCUCUCUGAGAGCGACCUGGUGCACACCAUCGGAGAGAGCGCCGCCCUCGGAGCUUCCGGUGUUGUCCUGUGGGGGUCGUCAGAGUACGCCCGCACGCAGAGGAACUGUUUGACGGUGAAGGAGUACAUCGACGGAGCGCUCGGCCAUUACGUGGUCAACGUCACAUCGGCCGCCAAGCUGUGCAGCAAAGCAUUAUGCAAGAAAAAUGGCCGCUGUGUCCGCAAGAGCCUGGACUCGGCCGCUUACCUCCACCUGAACCCGCGCUCCUUCAACAUCCGGCGCCGGGCCACGCCCGCCGGGCCCCCCCGCUUCCACGUCACGGGUCGCCCCGACGACCGGGACAUCCUGGACAUGAAGCAUAAGUUCACCUGCCAGUGCUACCGGGGAUGGAUCGGCGUCCAUUGCGAGAUGCCGCAGAUGGCUCCGCCCACACCGCCAGACGUCAGUCUGCCUCGCUCGUUACUCCGCCUUCAUUUCUCCUGCCUGUGUGUCAUCCUGCUGCUGGGACUCUGCCUCCUCAUCAAGUGUCUCCUUGUGUAGACUCCUUAUGUCAUAACAUGAGGCAGAAUUAGGACUAAUAACUAACUAAUAACUUUACGUAAUAAAAAAAUUACGUAAUAAAAAAAUCAACUCAUGAUGAGAUAAAAUGUUAAUGUAAAAAGACAAUUAUGAAAAAAAAGAAAAAAAAAUCAUAAUUAGGAGGGAAAAAAUUCUAAAUUACACAAUAAAAGUCAUAAUUAUGAGAUUACACAUUUGUGUCAGUUUUCAACAUGAUUAGAGCCUUCUAAACGUGAUAUAGCACCCCUAUAGUUACCUUUACACUCCAAUUACCCAAUAUAGUAGACAUAAUAAGAAAAACUAAGACAUAGACGACCUUUAUACCACCUUCUAAAUGUGCUUUUUAACUAUAUUAGAGCCUUCUAAACGUGAUAUAGCACCCCUAUAGUCGCCUUUACACUUCAGUUACCAAUAGUGACACAAGAUAAAAUCAGACAAAGAUAUAGAAUAACCUGUUUAUGACCUUCUAAAUACUCUUGUUUAACAUGAUUAGAGCCCUCUAGACGUGAAAUAGCACCCCUAUAGUCACCUUUACACUCCAAUUACCCAAUAUAGUAGACAUAAUAAGAGAAAAUAAGACAUAGACAACCUGUUUACCAGCUUGUAAAUAUGAUUUUAGCAUUAUUAGAGCCUUCUAAACGUGAUAUAGCACCCAUAUAGUCACCUUUACACUCCAGUUACCCAAUAUAGUAGACAUAAUAAGAGAAAAUAAGACAUAGACAACCUUGUUACCCCCCUCUAAAUGCAGUUUUCAACAUGAUGAGAGCCCUCUAAGCGUGAUAUAGCACCCCUAUAUUCACCUUUACACUCCUAUUAGCCAAUAUAGUAGACAUAAUAAGAGAAAAUAAGACCUAGACAACCUUUUUUACCACCAUCUAAGUACUCAUUUAACAUGAUUAGAGCCCUCUAGACGUGAUGUAACACCCCUAUAGUCACCUUGACACUUCUGUUACCAAUAUAGUGGCAUAAGAUAAAACCAGACAAGGAUAUGAAUAACCUGUUUAUGACCUUCUAAAUACUCUUGUUUAACAUGAUUAGAGCCCUCUAGAUGUGAAAUAGCACCCCUAUAGUCACCUUUACACUCCAAUUACCCAAUAUAGUAGACAUAAUAAGAGAAAAUGUGCAACCUACCUGAAAAUAAGGCAACCUGUUUACCACCUUGUAAAUAUGCUUUUAGCAUUAUUAGAGCCUUCUAAACGUGAUAUAGCACCCCUAUAGUCACAGUUACACUCCUAUUAGCCAAUACAGCAGACAUAAUAAGAAAAAUAAGACAUAGACAACCUUUUUACCACCUUCUAAAUACAGUUUUCAACAUGAUUAGAGCCCUGUAGACGUGAAAUAACACCCCUAUAGUCACCUUUACACUCCUAUAUUAGCCAAUACAGUAGACAUAAUAAGAGGAAAUAAGACAAUGUGCACAUGCAAGCUAAAGAUCUAUGAGUACCUCCUACUCUAUUUAUAAAUAUAGAACAGUGUAGGGGUACUAUAAGUAUUAGUAAAUAUUGUACACACUUGUACAGCAUGCGUUCCAAGGUAUCAAAUGCUAAUGCAAUGUAAUGUAACAUAACGUAAGCCAUAUGUUGUAAGUGAGCGAGGCCCAGCUGGGGUGGAAAUAAAUAAAUAAACCUCGUCAUCUCCCAUUAAGCCCCCUCCCCCGUCCCCCCCCCCAGCCAUCCACCCGUCUGCCCGCCCCUCGGCUCUCUGAAGGCGUGAAAUGUUUCAUCCUUCCAGAGUCGCACUCCGACUCCGGGCUGGAGACUUUUGUCUUCGCUGGUUCACCGCAAGAAUUCGGCUGCGGUUGGCUGGGAGCCCCGGCCGAGUAACGUGCACGCACGGACUUUUUGGCUCCGACAUCACGCGACUGAGCGCCCCCACGCGCUGCAGAGAUGGCGCCCACGAGAGAAAUGGAUGUACAGCAUGCGGUCUGCUUGACUUAUAAGCCAUAAAUAACAUCUUUUUUUCUCCUCCUCGACAACAUUCCUUCUACGUUUCUUCUCACAAUAAACUCCACAAUGCUCCUUUCCUCGGAUGGGAACGUCCUCGGGAAACAUGGAACAACAACAUUGGAGUUCAGGGAGGUCGGCAUGGCGACGAUGCAGUGGUACCAUCAGAACUUUAUUGGCAUCUCAUUUACCGCAACGUCUGUCAAGGAUUUAGCACAAAAAGGAGCACAUUUUUGUGACACUUUUUGUCUCGUGAAUUACAUAAAUCAUAAGUCAUAAAUUUAUUAGUUUUUUCCCCCACUAACAUUUCCAACUUUUCUUGUUGUAAAUUUUGAACAAGAAAAAGAAAAAGUUAAUUUUUUUUUAAAAGAUUAAAGAUAUUUUUUUUUAAAGAUUAAAGAUUUUUUUAAAGAAAAAGAAAUUAUUUUUUUCCCAACAGUAUUUUUCC